ACGUGGCACGAACCUACCCCACGAGGGUUAGAGGCUAACGUAGUGGUUCUCCCUAACUUGGUUCUCUCCCUCCCCACCACUACUCUUCAUCCCUCUUACUAACUAAACGUACGUGUAGGUACACGUGCUCGGGAAGGGUGGUCCCUGUUUCUAAAAGCUACCAUUGCUUCCGGUGAAUACCCACAAACGUUUCUACUACCUACCAUCGGACACGUUAAGACUACGAUGAAAGAAAGAGAGAGAGAUAGAUAGAUAGAUAGAUAGAGAAAGAGAGAGAGAAAGAGAGAGAGAGAGGGAGAGAGUGAGAAAGAGACAGAAGAGGAGAGGGAUCAGAGCAAGCAAGCAAGCAACGCAACGAAUCGCAGUACACACUAGGACGACUAACCAACGCGAGUGUUACUCGCGCGAGUGCGCGGGAUUUUAACGAAUGACAGUGAGAAAAUACGAGGAGAUGUUAAUUAGGAGAAAAUGUCAUUUGUUAAAAUCUAAUCGUUAAUUAAUUUUUUACGCGAUGCAAACGUUUAUCGUUAAUUUAUUACGGACAUUAUCGAUCGAUUAUCAAUCAUGUCGAUCGUUUGACGAGAUUUAGAGAGGAGCUAGAUCGUAGAAUAGAAUUUAUUCGUCUAUUUUAUAUAGACGCGUUGAUAGAGGCUCUUCUAUGUAUUUCGUUCUAUGUAUUAUUCGCAAGAAUUUAUAAAGGAUAUAUGGAUUACUUGGCAAAUGUGAAACGAAUCGCUCGAUAUAUUCGUCCGGUCGAGAAUGAUAAUGAAAUUCGUGAAUUCUUGAGAUCUUGAUUCGCCGUCGACGGAGUUGGAAAGAGGGAGAGAGAAAUAGAGAGAGGGAGAGAGAGAAAGAGAGAUAGAGAGAAGGAGAAUAAAAUAUUCGAGAAUGAGAAUAAGAAGAAGAACGAAACACAUUGAGUGUUCGAUUUCAACGUGGAGUUUUGUGAACGUUUGGAGAGAAACGAGGACCGACAAUAUCACGUGGUUGUGUGAUCGUAUAAGUGACGAUAAGAACAAGUGACGAUAUCUCGAUAUUUGAAAGGAUACUAAAAAUAAAAAGAAAAAAAAAGAAAGAAAAAGAAAAGUAUCGAUAAGAGGAAAACAAAAAUUUUCUCGAUUCUCGAAUAAAAAAUAUAAACGAUAGAAGAGGAAGAGGAGGAGGAGAAAGAAGAAGAAAAAGAAGAAGAAAAAAGAGCAGCUUCUUUUUACCAAAAGGAAAAGAAAAAGAAAAAUAAAAGAAAACAUUUCAAGAAAAUCCGUUCGAAGAGGUCAUACGUACGUAUAUGCUUGGAUCUAUUCUAGAUCGCGUCCUUGGAACGAAAGAAUCCCACGCAAGGGAGAGAGAGAGAGAGAAAACAUACUUUUGUUUGUCUUUCUCUCUCUCUCUUUCUCUGAAAAGCCGUCUGGAGAUUGGCCGUGGCCGAUUGAUCGCCCAGCGAGGCCUCUUCGUUAUAGCAACAAACCACAACCGUCGAGAAGGAGAAGAUGCUCGUUAGGUUAGCGAACACUCGUUAAAAUCUUACCACGCAUGCCAAAAAUAAAGGAGAAAGAGAAAGAGAAAGAGUGAGAAUUCGAUUGGAAAAUAAUUCUCAAGUCUGGACAAUUUCCAUGGCAGUCGUUCUGUGAUUACUCCGAAAGAAGAAACGUACGAUCGUUUUGAUUUUUCUCUCUUGUUUAAUCCGAAGAACUCGUUAAUGAAAAAUCUUUCCUUUGUGUGAAAAUAAAAAAAAAAAAGAGAAAGAGCGAGAUCACGUUCAAGAGACGAGCUUGCAAAGAAAAGAAGUUAAGUAAUAAAUCGAAUCGAUUCUUACUUAUAUAGUUCGUUAACGAUCGUGACCUAACUCGUCAUGAUAAUAGCUCAAAGAUGCUACUCAAUUGGAUUUUAUCGUUUAUUUAUUUAAUCCGAUCGUAUUUCACGAGUUACUCUCCAUUUAUCGGGUACUCCACGGCGUACAAGUCGUUAUUCGUAUUACGACUUUGAACGAGUAUGUAUCGGCACAUUGAAACGCGUUAUUGCAAUCGACUUCUUGAUUUUCAAAUGCAAAAGAAAAAGAGAAAUAUAUUUUGAUCGAUUGUGAAGUUCGAAGUUUUCACGGUAAACAAGCAAGAAAUCUUUCGUCGUUGUGUUGAUAUCAACAUCGAUCGAUCGUAAACGUUAAGCGAUCACAAGAAAGAUUGGUUCCCACGGAUCGCGAAUGGACGACGAAGAGGAAAGAGUUCAACGACCUCGUUUGAUGUAAAGAGAGAUAUAAAGAAAAAGAGAGAGAGAGAAAGAAACUGGAGUGUGUGUAAGAGAAAAGGAAGAAAGUGGUGAAUCAAAAAGAAUUUUCCUCUCUCUCUCUCUGUUGCGCACACAGUGUUUCGAAAUUGGAUGGAAGGAAUAAAAAAACAAAAAGAAAAGAAGAAUAAAGAGAAAAGAAGAGGCAGCGAACAUCUUAUCGGUACACUCGACGAUUCACCCUGCUGAUCUCUCUGGAGGGCUAAUUUUAAGACAGGAUCCUUGAGAAGAAGCUUCAGACCGAGGAAUCCUCGUGAGAUGAUCAUCGGUCAUGGCGUUUGUAAGAAGAACGAUUCCAAACGUGAUUCUUCUCCUUCUUCUGUCGUUUUUAGCGACCAUGACGGAACGUGCUAUCUGUCGGCUUAUCGUACCGACGAGUCCCUCGUAUUUUCUAAGAACGACGAAAGCCGUCAAAUUGUCAACUGGAAAUAUGGAGCUAGUGGAAGAAGAACAAUGUUCCGAUCGGAUUUUACGUCUGACCUGUAGAUCUCUCAAAGCUUUCAUUUUCGUCUUGGAAGCGGAAUAUCAAUCAAAUCGAACGAGUAUUUGUGGAUACGAAUCGCAAAGGUUGAUAGCGAAAAAGAAGAAAUUCAAAUUGGGCGUUAAGAAUUCACGUGUCAAGGACACGAGGCAAUUACGUGGAAAUUACAUCAAAGACGACGAGGAAGAAGAACGAUAUUUGUUCGACGUUAGGGCUUCCUUCAACAGAAAAUGUUCGGGUCAGCAUCAUUGUCGGUAUAAUUUGAGCAGCGAUCAUCCAGGAACAACCUAUUGGCAUCCCGCUGCUUUAAGAUUAAAAUACGCUUGUGUUCCUGAGGUAGCGGUUUGUAAAUACUGCAAUGUGGAAGUAAGAAUACCCAAAGGAAAUGAAGGAGGUUAUUUAAAGUCUCCGGGAUAUCCACUGUAUUAUCCAGGUGGUUAUUCCUGUGGUUGGACAUUCAAAUCGUCACCGGGUGAAAGGAUCAUCCUUACUUUUCACGACUUGAAUAUUCGCAGUCCAGAAGCGGACGGAAGCUGUAUAGACGUCGUGAGAGUUCGAGAAAAAGGAAACACCUUGUUUGAACGUUGCGGCAUCGCCGCUGGCAUUAAAAUUAUCUCUAAUUCGAGCCUUGUGACACUUGACCUGAUAGCUUCGACAAAACUCUAUCCUGCUCGAGGAUUUCUUCUACAAUAUCAAGUGUUGGGCUGUCCGAACAUUUCAGCACCGAACGGAAGCUAUAUAUCGUAUGAUACAGUGACGUCAAGAACGUUCUCGUGUAAAUCCGGCGCUGUGUUUCCCGACACAAGAAAAGAGAAUAGAAUACUUGAAUGUAAGAACGGCAAAUGGAACGAGACCGUCGAUAAGCUGCCAACUUGCGUGGCUACGUCCGCGGUGAUCCUCAAAACAGAGAACGAACAUCAUCAUUUGUCGAGUCUCUCGGGUGACAACGUCCUUGGUGGGGGCGUAAGAAUCGGUAGGGGCGAAGGCGCACUCGCAAACGGAAACAGCCAGGCCAUGGAUUCGGCGCAAUCUGCUAUGAUGAAGCAAGCGGACUACGUCGUAGAUGUUGUACUUCCAACCGUCCUGAUCGCUUUAUUGUUCGUUGGCAAUGCUAUUAUUGUCUAUAUUAUAUUCCAGUAUAGAAAGAGAAAAAUUCCAACGACAGCGCAAGGAGAAGAGAUGGCCCUGAGAAACGAGGCGGACGUUCCACAAGUGUGAUUCCAAAGGAGAAGACUAAUUACGUUUAAUGUCAAUUUUGUCGUUCAAGCAGAAAGUUAAUCAAAGGCCUAGUUCAUAUAUACUUCCGAAGAAUAAGAGACGUCAUUGAAAUAUGAGCGCUUAAAAUGAAACGCUCAUUCUUUUCGCAUCUAAUUUGAUGUGAUGAUGUAUACGCUAUGGGAUAUACGUAAUGUGUGUAUAUCCUACAAGAAUUCUCUUAAAAAACAGAAAAGGAAAAAAAAUGAACUAAUAAAUCGAACGUUGCGUACACGUAUACUGUAAACAUUAAUUAAUGCGUGUAUAUAUGUGUAUACAUAUAUAUAUAUAUAUAUGUAUAUAUAUAUAUGUACAUAGAUACACGUUAUUAUGUAUACAACGGAUACGAUGUACUGCCAUGACAUUGCGUAUACUCUAACGAUAGUGUAUUAUAUAAUAUAAGCAAAUAAUAUAUUCUAUAUUUCGUCCAAAUUGUGAAUAACUUAUAAAAUAAAAAGAAUGUUUUUUCUUAAUA